AUGAUCGAGAACCACAACAGCAUCGACGCCAGCUACUCCGUCGCGGAGCGCGAGAUAGGGAAGGGCGCCUACGGGGCCGUUCGGAGAGCGACCGUGAGGGCGACCGGGGCGGUCCGCGCGGUGAAGAGCGUGCUCAAGGCGAACGCGAAGGGGUCGAUCUUGAAGCAGGAGAUCGAGAUCCUGAAGCUUGUGGAUCAUCCCAACAUUGUCAGGCUCUACGAGAUCUUCGAGGACCCCCGCUACCUGCACCUCGUCUUCGAGCUGUGCUCUGGGGGGUCUUUCAGGGACUACGUGCGCUCGUGGGGCCCGCUCAAGGAGGGCAUCGCCGUGAAGGUCAUGAAGCAGCUGAUGCAGUCCGUCUCUUACCUGCAUUCUCGCUGCAUCGUCCACCGCGACAUCAAGCCCGCGAACUGCCUGCUCCUGCAGCCGUCUUCUGGCCAGGUCGAGGCCAACAGCCUGAGGCUGUGCGACUUCGGCCUCUCGUGCAUCAUCCGCCCUGGGAAGCUGCUGAAGGCGAGGGUGGGCACUGCUGCCUUCAUGGCCCCGGAGGUGCUCAACAGGCGGUACGACGAGGGAUGCGACGUCUGGAGCUCCGGCAUCACGAUGUACGCCCUUAUCUGUGGCUAUGCGCCCUUCAGGGGCAAGACCGACGAGGACAUCCGCAAGAAGGUUGCGGAGGGGAAGAUCAUCUUCAACUCCUCCGAUUGGCUGGAGGUCUCCGAGGCCGGCAUGCGGAUAGUGAAAGUCCUGACGGCGAUGGACCCAGAUGCCCGGGUGAGCGCCACGCAGGCGCUGCAGGACGAUUGGUUCAUCACGAAUCAGAGGUUGUCCGAAGUUGCCGAGGUGCUGUUGGAACCCACCCUGCUGAAAAACCUUCGGGGCUUCCGUUCGCUGAACAAGUUCAAGAGGGCGGCUUUGCAGGUGAUCGUGAGCUUGCUGGAUGAGGCUCACAUCGGCCGGUGCAGAGAGGCGUUCAUCUGGCUAGACGAGAACGGCGAUGGCGUCCUGUCGAUCAACGAGGUGAAGGAUAAGUUGAAGCAGCUGGGCAGCACACAGGACGUCGAGGCCAUGUUCAAGACCGCGGACCAGGACAAGAACGACAGCGAUUCUGAACUGCAGGACUUCACGUACACGGAGUUCUUGGCCGCUACUUUCGACAGAUCUGCCUCUUGCAACCGUAACGUGUGCUGGGCAGCAUUCAACAUCAUGGACAUAGACGGCAACGGCUCGAUCUCGUCACAAGAGCUCUGCGACGGUCAGGUAAUAGGCCUGCUGUCCCAGGAGGAGUGCGAUGCCCUGGUGUCCAUAUUCGACAAGAACAAGGACGGCGAGAUCGACUUCAACGAGUUCUGCCACCUCAUGCAGGACGGCCAGGGCCGGGAUGAGGGCACAGGGGGGCUGCGGCAGUUGCCGCCCCUGGAGAGCAAGCGAAG